GCGUGGAAGAAGGCCGCGAAGUGCGCGCAAAUUAAUUGGGGUAGAGCGAAAGCGAAAGGACGAUAAAUAAACAACAAAAUAAAUAAUACAGACGAAACAGAUAUAUUGACGAUCAUCAGUUUAUUAUUCACGCAUUUACAGUUCAGUUCUUGUUGUUAAUUGUUAGUUAUUGUUGUUGCUGCUGUUGUGGGUGGGUUUUUUUUUACUGAAGAAGUUGUGAGAACACCGGCAAGACGCGGUCCGACGAGAACAAUCCGGCGGAGCGCGGCUAUCCGACGGCGUCCCCGUGGCCCGCGCUGUCCCUCCCCGCACCGGACAGUCUGGAUCCGGUCGCCUGGGGCAGGAAACUGUACCCGGGGGGGGCGGCGGCGGCAGCGGCUGCCGCAGGGACGGGCGGACAUCCGCGCGUCACCGGUCCGGGCCUGAUGUUCGGCCUCCACCAUCACCAUCACCAGGAUGCCGCCUCCGCGGCCGCCGCUGCAGCCGGUCUCCAUCAUCAUCAUCAGCCACGCGGUCCCAGUCUCAAGGAGGAACCGAUCGCGACGGCACGAUCGUGGAUGCAACCAACGGUUCCCGAUCAAAACGGAAUCGGCGUGGGCAGGGCACACUUCGAAAAACAGCCUCCAUCGAAUCUCCGAAAAUCAAACUUCUUCCAUUUCGUCAUAGCCCUCUACGACAGGGCCGGACAACCAGUCGAGAUCGAGAGGACGGCCUUCAUCGGAUUCAUCGAAAAAGAUCAGGAAGCCGACGGUCAGAAGACGAAUAACGGGAUCCAAUACAGAUUGCAGCUGCUGUAUGCAAACGGCGUACGACAGGAGCAGGACAUCUUCGUCAGACUCAUCGAUUCCGUCACGAAACAA